GUACACUGACAACGGUUUCUCUGGAAGCUGCACACAAAAACCUGGCACAAAUGGCCAAGGAAGACUGAAUUUCAUUAACCGAACAGAGGUUAGUUUAAAAUGGUAGACUUGUAUCAGUUUGUCGGAGGAGGCCAGCUUGUUUUUGGUAUUCUGAGCUUUCUGUCAGGGGUAUUUGCUUUCUUUCCUGUCUUCAGCUACAAGCCAUGGUAUGUCGGAUGGAGUAUAAGGAUUGCUGCUCCAAUCUGGACUGGAAUUUUGGCACUAAUUUCUAGUAUAUGUGUUCUGCUGGCGAACAGAAAACAGACUGUAAGAUCCAUGUGGGAAACAAGCUUCACUUUCUCCAUCCUGUGCACUGUGACCUCACCUGUACAAUUUGCUGUUGCUGUAGCUGCCAUCAUGAUCGGCCCCUGCUGCUACUACACGUUCGCUGGCGCGGUUGGCACGGAUUAUCUUGGCUACGCGGUCAAAUUCCCCUUCCCGUACACCAGGUUUCUGAAUGUGUGUCUGGACCCAGCCUCCUACGAGUGGUUCUUUCUGGGUUUGCAGAUUGUGGAUCUCCUCACCAGCCUUGGCAUUUUGUGCCUUUCUCUGAUCUUCGUCAUCAGGUUGACUUGCAGGCUCAGCCACGCAGGACAUGUCAAUAGAAGCAUACAAGGCUGGUAGGGAGAAUCUGUGGUCUCCAUUCUGGUCCAGAAACCCCUGAAUCCCUGGUUUUUUGCUAUUGGAUCAAGAUCACAAAGUAAAAAUUCUUCAGAAGGCUCCUGGAUGAGGAUCGUAUUUUCAUCAAGGACAAUCAGAUAACUAUAACUCUUGGUACAUUGAGUGUACUCUUUGAUCAUUUUAUAAGGAUUAACUAAUUAAAUGGAUAAAUAAGUGUCUUUUAAAAAUUAAAAUUCUUAAAGACAUCUGUUUGUUACAUAUCAGACAAUUUCUUACGAUUAUAUUCCUGCAGAGGUAUUUUAUUAAACUCUCUAAUAUUUCAUUAAAUGUUUAACUAAGCUGUUUUUUUGGUUUCAAAACAGAAAAUGCUCUGAAGUCACAGCAUCAUGUUCAAUAUUUCCCAAGAAUGUUAAAAAGCAAGUGAAGAAAUAUUUAUAUAUAUAUUCUGAAAAUAUAAAUACAUAUCCAGUAUAAUAUAUCUAAAUACUGUAAAUAUGUUUGCAUAUCUUUCUUGACAUCUUAAAGUUAAGAAUUAUGUAGGCAUCAAGGCAUUUUUAUAUUGCUUAGUCCAAAUAAAAGGUUUUUUUGAGAAAUGAACAAAAAUAAUGAUUUCUGUCUUUCUGAUAAUGAAAGAAAAAAUUAUUGUCUUAAAUAAUCAAAUCCAUCUUUUGAAAGAUGAAUAAACUAUGGUACCUUUCUGAAAUAAGUUAGAUGAAAUUCUUAACAUGCUUACAUGAUUUAGAAAAUCUUACACGGAUAUGUAAGACACAGUGAAAAUUGAUGUUUAUAAGAAAAUACAUUAAUUUAAUUUUAGACUUGUUUUAAGAAUUGCAAACAAUACAAUGUAAAUUAAAUUAAAAAAUACAAAAUGUAUUAUUAUAUAUGUAUUGAAUUUAUUUAACUUUUCAUUGUUAUAGCAGUGUUGUUUAUAUUUGCUUCUCUGGGUAAUAUUUUUCCACAUGUAUUUCUAGCUGUUAUAAAAUGAUUUUUCAAACAGACAUAAGACUGGCAGCAACAAGAUAUUUCUGGUUGUCUGAGGAAAAUGUUGUUAUUGACACUAUGCUAGGUUAUGUCUGUCUGUUCUGAAACGCAAAACAUGUUUUUCUUUUCCUGUUCUGAAGGUGUUACACAAACAUCUACAGUAACACUAUGAAGUAACGUACUGGGCUACAUUAAUAUUUUGUUGCUUUAAUAAAUUGACAGACAGAUCUUAUUUCAAAUGCAAAGUAUAAUGAGGAAGUGUGUAUUAAACACAUAUAUAAAGAUGCUGAAAUUGCCAUAAAUGUGGAGUAAGUGGAAACUGAAGCCCAUAAAGAGUAUUUGUCAAAAGUUUUAAAGAUCCUCAGUAUAGCAUAUCUGAAGAAGCUUUGAAUGUCAGAUGAAAUUAUUCUUAAGCCUUAAUGAAAGUGUUUGUUAAGUCAUUUUACAGAAAAUUAAAGUACAUUUUAUAAAACCUU